GUCAGUGCCGCACUUUUAUGCGACGUCCCACAGCCUGGGCCAGGUGGACAUGGGAGACAGGCCGAGGGUGGUCGUUGCAGCAGCUGAGCUGAAUCGAGAUGCCCGGGUACCGGAGGCGGACAGGAGCUUCAAGAGGCAGGAGGGCGACCUGUCCUCGGGCAUCCUCGGGAAGGGUCCUUUCCACAAGAGCACGCUCUCUGAGCUUGGCGAGUACCAGAACUUCACCCACCAGGAGGUGGGCGCUCCGCUGAAGCACCACUUCGCCUCGCAGAAAAUCUUCUUUGACUCUCCAGACCUUGAGGCCGUGAAGUCUCAAGAGGGUGACUGCUGUCUGGGAAUCAAGGCCUACAAGCCGCACCACACGACCACUUAUUCCGAUUUGGGCAACAUCCCCAAGUGGCCGAAGAAGCGGUACGAUUUCGGCCCGAUCGCGAACACACGGUACAGGUUCACCAUGUGGAAGGAGUGA